AUGGAGAAUAAGAAGAGUAGAGGGCGCCAAAAGAUACCAAUGAAAAAAAUAGAAAAGCAAGAUGAUUUGCUUGUUAGCUUCUCAAAACGUCGUUCUGGUUUAUACAAAAAGGCUAGCGAACUCGUUUUUGAAUGUGACGUUGAUAUUGGAAUGAUAUUUUUUUCUCCUACAGGUAAUCCAUUCUCAUUUUUUCACCCAAAUAUUGAUGCAAUUGUUUCUCGUUUUCAGAAUCCCAAUAUAGAAUUAAGUGAAAGUAAUCUUCUAGUCGCGGCUCAUAAUCGAGAUAAAGUGAAUGAACUUAAAAGCAAACUUGAACUACUUGAUAUCAUAGAAGAUGCUGAGAUUGCAAAGAAAAAAUUAUAUGACGAAGUGAUUGAAGCAAGGCAGAAAAGUUGGUGGGAAUCGAUUGAGCAGCUCAAUGCAUAUGAAGUGACCCAGUUUGAAGCUUGGAUGAAAACCGUCAUUUUUAAUAUGCAGAAUCGUUUGAAUGAAUUGGAAAAUGGAGCUUCGUCUACAUAA